AUGAUGAUGAUAAUGAUAGUACCAAAUGACUUACAUUUUAUAUACUACAGAAUGGCAAAGUUUGUUCCAUUACUUUUACUAUUUGUAUUUAUUACUAUUUUCAUUUCAACUAUAAAUGGAUUACGACCAGGAGAAAGUAUUGAAAAUCAUUCAACAUUACGACUAGUGCAAUUGAUUCAUACACAUGGUGAUCGUACUCCAGGACAAUUCGUUCAUAAUGAUCCAUAUAGUAUAGUGGGACAUUUCUGGCCCGAAGGUAUUGGUCAACUUACUCGAAUUGGCCGAAAUCGAAUGUAUAAAGUUGGAAAAUAUUUUCAUGAAGUUUAUGCAAAUUUUAUCAAUACUUAUUAUUAUCAGACAAAUGUUGAAAAUUUUAUACAUAUACGAAGUUCAAGUUAUCGUCGAUGUUUAGAAAGUGCAUCGGCACUUACCGCCGGUUUAAUUGGAGGAUCAAAGAAUCUUAAAGAUGAAAAGAAUUAUAAUUACACUUUGAAUGAAUUUAUUUAUGAAAAUCUUGAACAUUCUUGGACACCGAUACCGAUCAAAUCAUUUUCAUCGAAAGGUACUGAUCCGUUAUUGGAUGUUGAUUUUCCAUGUCCAAAUUUGGAUAAAAUAUUCCAUGAAAUGUGGCAUCAAGAUCAUCGCAUCAAACAAGCCGAAGAGGAAAAUCGUCAAUUUUUCAAAGAAAUUUCAUUUUAUGCUGGCGAAAAAAUCGAUACAUUAAAAGCGAUGAAUUUGUUGUAUCAAGAAUUGUACAUUGAAACACAAACAAAUUAUCAUUGGUAUAAAUUACCAUAUCAGAUUUGGACAGAAAAUUAUGAAUCAUAUGCUAUUCGACGACUUCGUGAAUUAUCACAAAUCUAUUGGACAUUAUUCUAUGAUAAUUUUUCCAUUCAACGAUUGAUUGGUGGCGAAUUGAUUCGAGAAAUUAAUGAUAAUUUUCGAAACUAUGUGAAUGGAUCGAAUCGAGAUACAAAAUUCUAUCUAUAUUCCACACAUGAUGGUAAAAUUGUGUCCAUUCUACAAGCAUUCGGUAUCUAUAAUACAUUUCUUAUAUCACCUGGUGCAACAUUAAUAUUUGAACUUCAUGAAAAUCAAACAAAUGAAGAUGGUCCGAAUGAUGAUCGUUUUGAAAAUUAUUUUCUAAAAUUUUAUUAUUUCAAUGAAACUUUUUCCGAUAAUGGUGCAUGUGAAGUUUUUCCAGAGAAAUUUUGCCAAAAUCAUAAACAAAUUUGUCCAUUGAAUCAUUAUAUGGAAAAAGUAGGCAAAUAUGAAUCCGUUGAUAUUCGUUAUGAAUGUGGUGUGGAUAAACAUCAUCUUGGCACAAAAGUGAAUCUAAGCUUCGUAAUUGCGAAUGGUAUUCUAUUGGUCAUUUUUAUAAUUUUAUUAAAUAUUUUUGCAUACCUCAACUAUACGAUCAAAUGUAGAUGAAACGAGGAAAAAAAAUGAAUUUAUUUCAACAAGAACAAGAAUACAAUGAUAAAAAAAAUUA